AUCUCUCUCUAGAAUUUUCCAGCGUAUUCAUUGAAUCUAGAGAGAGAGAGACGCAACACACCGUCACCAAACUCUCCAGCAAUGGAGAGUGAAGGAGGUCCCUUCAAGGGGAUACUCAGAGAUAUCGAAGGUAGACGCAAAUGCUACAAACAAGACUGGAUUCUUGGCUUCAAAACCGGUUUAAGAAUCUUGGCUCCGACUUGCUAUAUAUUCUUUGCCUCGUCUCUUCCUGUAGUUGCAUUUGGUGAGCAGUUAAGUAAACACACAGGUGGAUCUCUGAGUGCUGUGGAAACAUUAGCUUCUACAUCUCUUUGCGGAAUCAUUCACGCCAUCUUUGGUGGACAGCCAUUGUUGAUACUUGGGGUUGCAGAGCCAACCAUCAUGAUGUAUACUUAUCUUUACAGUUUCUGCAUUAGUAGACCUGAUCUUGGUCGAGAGCUUUACCUAGCUUGGGUGGCAUGGGUUUGUGUAUGGACUGCAAUUUUUCUUAUCCUUCUUUCGAUAUUCAACGCGUGCACAAUCAUCUCAAGGUUUACAAGAAUCGCUGGAGAACUCUUUGGCAUGUUGAUUGCUGUUCUCUUCCUACAAGAAGCUAUCAAGGGAUUGGUUAGUGAGUUUCGAGCUUCCAAGAGUGAGCAUGAUAAAUCAAGAGAGUCAGAUUUCCUCUGGCCAUAUACAAAUGGGUUGCUUGCGGUAAUUUUCUCGUUAGGUCUGUUGAUCACAGCGUUAAAGAGCAGGAGAGCAAAGUCCUGGAAGUACGGUUUUGGGUGGCUUAGGAGUUUCAUUGGAGAUUAUGGUGUUCCCUUAAUGGUAUUGUUCUGGACUGCAUUGUCUUACACGGUUCCUAGCAAAGUCCCUGAGAGUGUUCCUCGGAGACUGUUCUGUCCUCUUCCAUGGGAGACAGCUUCAUUAUACCAUUGGACUGUAAUCAAGGACAUGGGAAAGGUACCAGUAAUGUAUAUAUUUUCUGGGAUUAUACCUGCUGUGAUGAUAGCUGGACUUUACUUCUUCGACCAUAGUGUAGCUUCCCAAAUGGCACAGCAGAAAGAGUUUAACCUAAAGAAUCCUUCUGCUUACCACUAUGACAUCUUCUUGCUUGGAAUCAUGACUUUGAUAUGUGGACUACUUGGACUUCCUCCUUCAAAUGGUGUUAUUCCUCAGGCUCCAAUGCACACAAAGAGUCUUGCUAUUCUCAAUCGUCAGCUGACACGCAAGAAGAUGGUGAAGAGUGCAAAAGAGGGUAUGAAGAUGAAAGCCAGCAAAUCAGAGAUAUAUGGGAGAAUGCAAACAGUUUUUAUAGAGAUGGAGACAUCUUCACCUCAGGUUUGUUCAGUAGCUAAUGAUUUAAAAGACUUGAAAGAAGUUGUGAUGAGACCAGAUGAAGGAGGAGAUACAAAAGGAAAGUUUGAUCCAGACGUGCAUAUUGAAGCUAAUUUGCCAGUUAGGGUAAACGAGCAAAGAGUGAGCAACUUGUUGCAAUCAGUACUAGUGGGUUUAACACUUCUUGCUGUACCAGUCAUCAAGAUGAUCCCAAGCUCCGUUCUCUGGGGCUACUUUGCUUAUAUGGCUAUAGACAGUCUCCCUGGAAACCAAUUCUGGGAGAGACUGUUGCUUCUCUUCAUCCCUCAAAGCAGACUCUUCAAAGUUUUGGAAGGAGUACACGCUUCAUUUGUGGAGUUAGUACCAUACAAAGUGAUUCUGAUGUUCACACUUUUUCAGUUGGUUUACUUUCUCUUGUGUUAUGGCAUGACAUGGGUUCCUGUGGCUGGGAUAUUUUUCCCGGCGCUAUUCUUCUUACUCAUAAGUAUAAGAGAACACUUGCUCCCCAAGCUAUUUGAUCCGCAACACCUUCAAGUGCUAGAUGCUGCUGACUAUGAAGAAAUAGUAGCUGCACCUAUACAACACUCAAGUUUUGCUUACCGAAAACUGGGAUCUUCUCGUCAUUUAUCAGAAGGAGAAGAAGAAGAUGUGUUUCAUGAUGCAGAGAUAUUGGAUGAGAUGACUACUAGUAGAGGAGAAAUCAGGAUCCGAACCAUAAGUUUCAAGGAGCCGCGCCUUGAGUCUGAAGAAAGGCGUGUAACCUUUGAGCCUCAUUGAAACAUACAAUCCUUUGGAGUUGUUAUAUUUUUUGUAUACAAAUGUAUCUGCGUCAUACUUUUUUAUGGUGAAAAUAUGUUUUCAGCAAUUAUAAAAAAACCUUAGUUUGUCCUCAAAUCUUGGCUAUUACAUUCAAACUAUAAAGGCAACUUAACAAAACAGAUCCUAAUCUCUUGCGCUUUUUAAUUAUUCUUUAGGCUUCAAAAUACAACACAAUUUGGUUUGUAUGGCUAUGCACGGUUCAUCUGAACACUGUACUUAUGUUUAAGAUUGUAUGAUACUGAUGCUUAAUGUAAGCUUGCUUGAGCAAUGGAUUAUGUUUAGACUAAAAAAGGAUACAUGUUUAUGUUUAGAAUUUAGACAGUUCCUCAAAGAUGCCACUUUAAAACAUUUUUUACAUGAAUUAUAUGCAGCGAUCCUUUGCACGGGUCAUGGUGAAUAAGUAUGAGGUAGAUGAGGAUAAGAUAAGGUAUUAUAUUUAAUAGACUUGUCAGUAGAAAACGAUAUGAACUUUUAUUUGAAGACAUUUCCAUGUGAGUCACAUUAGUACAGGAGGGUCGGACAUGAAUAAUUAAUGGAUUAAUUGACAAACAAACAAAAGAAGAGACAAUUCUGAAUUCAAUGUGAGUAACUUCGUUCUAUUAUUUUCUCUAAACUGGCAACUAUUAUUAUUGCUCAUUAUUUACACAGUUCUUGCUGUUGUUCUGUGCAUACUAGAGAAGCUUUUGGAAAACCUUUUUCACUUGCGUGAUCAAAAGCUCAAAUGGUUUUGUAUCCUCGCUUUAUCAAAAAGCAAAUCUCAAGACGACAAAUAACUUUGUGUGAACAUCUCAGGCGGUUUUUGAGCUAAUCUUGGUGCCUUUAAGUUCGAAUUUAGACCACCUGCCGACUGAGAUAACCACUAAUUCAAAGAUUGGCUGUUAAAAGCUCUACUCAAAGAAAAAACAGUUUCCCAUAGAUUAAAGUUAUCAAAUGUUGUUAGCUCAACUAGAAAAAAAAAACUAUAUGACAAACCUAAGAAAUAACAUGAUUGAGUGAGUUUGAGACGAAACUAAUAUUACAUAUUGUGGUUGUCAUUUAAUAUUUAACUCAUAUAAACUAUUUAAA